AUGUUAUGGAAAUCGAGAGAGAACGACGUGUGCCGCGAGAAUCGAGAGAGAGCGAUGUGUGUUGCAAUAUCAGUUGAUGUGACACUAAAAGGUUUUAAAGGAUUUGCUAAGGAAGAUGAAGAAGCUCCAAUGUCAGAAUUAGAAAUGUUUUUUAGAGAGUGGAUGGUAGAUUGUGAUAAAGAAUUGGAUAUUUUGGACUUUUGGAGGAGUCAUGAAUAUAGGUAUCCGAUUCUUUCUCGAAUGGCAAGAGAUAUCUUAUUAAUUCCAAUAUCAACUGUUGCAUUGGAAUCAACAUUUAGUAUUAGAGGAAAAGUGAUAAAUAUGUCAUGUAGCUCUCUUACGCCUGAUAAUGCUGAAACUAUUAUUUUAACUCGUGAUUGGUUGUAUAGUCGGGGAGUUGAAGAUUUUGUAGAUAAGGAAGAACUUGCUGAAGAUAUUGCUCAAGCUGAAAGAGUAGGUCGUACCUCAUCUAGUGUAUCAUCUUGCUCUGUUUGA